GUGAGAGGCGCACCGUCAUGAUGCCCACGGUGUGCCAACUGAGCCCGGUGCUGGUGGGCAAUGUGCUGUUGGUCAUCUCCGGGCUGUCUGGGCUGCUGGCGUCCAGCCCCACCGAGUACGGCAAACAGGCUGAACGCCUGUUGCCCUUAGCCACCCGGUUGCCAGCCCGCGCAGCCUGGUUCCUCCAGGAGCUCCCCUCUUUCGUUGUGCCCGCUGGGCUGCUUGCUUGGCAGCCCCACCCGCUCUUCCGCCAGCCGGGGACCUUACUGCUUGGCCUCUUCUGCGGACAUUACUUUCACAGGACAUUCAUUUAUGCCCUCCUCACCAGAGGAAGGCCCUAUCCACUUGAAUUACUUUUUCGUGCCCUUGUCUUCUGUACCUUGAAUGGCUUACUUCAAGGAUACUAUCUAAUUUACUGUGCUGAAUACCCUGAUGAAUGGUACACUGAUGUCCGAUUUACUUCAGGUAUCCUUAUAUUUUUCUUGGGAAUGGCAAUCAAUAUUCACAGUGAUUAUUUACUGCGCCAGCUGAGAAAGCCUGGAGAAAUCUCCUAUAAGAUACCACAAGGAGGAUUGUUUACUUACAUAUCUGGAGCCAAUUACUUCGGCGAGAUUGUGGAAUGGAUUGGCUAUGCUGUGGCAACUUGGUCAUUCUCGGGCUUGGCCUUUGCCUUUUUCACAUCAUGUUUUCUUGGAAAACGAGCCUAUCACCAUCACAGGUUCUAUCUCAAGAAGUUUCAAGACUACCCUAAGUCUCGGAAAGCCUUGAUUCCUUUCAUAUUUUAAAAUCACAGAUGAUAGAAAAGAAUGGAAAACCUUCAAGCUGCUGAACUUGACAACCUCUAAGUUCCAAUGUAAAUAAUGUUAAUAAUAACCUUUAUAUAGUGCUUUACGAUUUGCAAAGUGCUUUACAAGUAUUAUCUCAUUGGAUCCUCAUAACAACCCUGUAAGUUAGAUGCUGUUAUUAUUAUUACUAGUUUGUAGAUGAGUUAACUGGGUUUGAGAGAGGUUAAGUAAUAUUUUUGCAAGUGUCUUAGGAAGGCGUUAUGACUCAGAUCUUCCUAACUCCAUGUGUAGAACUCUAAUCACUGUGCCAUAGCUGAUAGAGCUGAUGGCUUGAACUCACCAAGCUAAGCCUCUUAGUUUAAUGACUAGAGUCCUGAUUACAUCUGAAUGGUCUAUCUUUCUAUCUUAAUGGCCACACUCAACAUCUCUCUCCAGUGAUGAACCUCUCUGUAUUUACAUAAACUCAUAGAUUAUUCCUUGGAGAAUAGACAUGGCACUUGUCAUUGACAUUAGCUCUGGGAAGUUGCAGAAUAAAGAUAUUGGCAGAAGUGAAAAAUGAAGAAACAUUAAUGUCAAGAUAUUGAUAGUCUUUGAAUUUGCUCCUUCCCUAGUCCUCUUGCCAAAACAGACAUUUUCCUCAAGGAAAGUUUUAAAGAAGCUUUUGGUGGAUCAUUUCAUUGGGAAUGAGGCAGAAAGAUUUAUAACUAUAAAAGGAUGCAGUGGGUGUUGUAGGGAUAACCAAAGGUGUUUGGCAUCCAUUUUAUGUCAAGAAAUCUAUGAGAAGAAUAUAGACAGCUUGGGUGUAUCCUUUGUGAAAACUUAAUAGAAGGGGCAGCUAGGUGGCACAGUGGAUAAAGCUCUGGCCCUGGAUUCAGGAGGAUCUGAGUUCAAAUCCCACCUCAGACACUUGACACUUACUAGCUGUGUGACCCUGGGCAAGUCACUUAACCUUCAUUGCCCUGCAAAAUCAAUCAAUCAAUCAAUCAAUCAAUUAAUUAAAAAAAACCCCAAAAACUUAAUAGAAGAAUGUGAACAAGGGUUGUGGCAUAAUAUAAGAAGGUAUUGGUGGGUACCCCAUAGAUGAUAUCACUGAUCUAUUUUAAGAUGAUAAUGAAUACUGCCCUUUUUACUUACAAGUACUUUAAAAUGUUUACUUAAAUUUAAUGAAAAGAUUAAUGUAUAAUUUAAUAUCUUUAUUAUUACCUUUAUUUCUGAACAUAUCCACCUCUUCCAUCUAAUGCUAACUCAUGUCUUAUAGCAAAGAAUAAAAUAACAAAAGCAGUUAGGCAAAACCAACCAACGUAACAAUGAUAAACAGUAUAUGCAGCAUUCUAAACCCAUAGCUUCCCAUGUCUGCAAAGAAGGGUAGGAGGUCUUGCUUUACCCUUAUUAACUGUAAAUUAGAUAUCUUUCAGCAGAAAGAAACUUGCAUUCAUACAUGAAUAUAAUGGAGCAUUUAUCCAAUUUCAUGCCAAAUCAGGAUUCCUGCCAUGGCCUGGGAAUCCCUAUGAAUCUUCACAAUUCUUGCUGAAGAUAUCAUCACCCCUUCCCAUCUCUCACUCUUCCAACACACAGACACACACAUGUAUACACACAUGUACAGCAUUAUCAUGAUCUGUAGCUCAGAUGUUGAUAAUCCCCAGAAAUGACCCUUGAUGGAUGGAUGGCGAGUACAGGAAUGCCAGUCACCUUAUCUAGUACAGGUCCUCUUUACCAUUUUAGUGAGUACUGCUGGAAUGCUGUAAAUAGGAGGAAAGUGUACCUUGUGUGAGAAAGAAUAGUGGAAGAGGUGUUGGCUCAAGGCUCAGAAGCCACUAAUUAAUUCUGACUCUGGCCCUUCAUUAGUUGCAAGACCUUGGGCAAGUCACUGAAUCUCCUUGGUUUUUAGUUCUCUCAUGGUGGAAA